AUGUGGCUGCAUGUUGAUACGCAGGGAGCCGUCCCCCACCGUCGCUACAUUGCCGCCCAAGGACCCAAGAGCGAAGAGCUGUGCACGAUCCCUGACUUCUGGAGGAUGAUCGACGAACAGCAAGUGAACGUCAUCAUAAUGAUUGGGGACUUCAUCGAGGACAACGCAGAAAGCUGUGGCCAAUACUUCAGUUAUGACGGCGUGGUGAUGUUUCAAGAUCCGCCGGUAUCUGUGAUGGUCACGAUGUUGUCUACCGAGACCACCUCGAGCUACAACGUCUCUCGCCUCCAGGUAAAGAUGGAAGUGGAAGGCAAGUCUGUGUUGCGUGACGUCACUCACUACCACUACGCCGCGUGGCCGCAGCAAGGAGAUCCAUCCGAUACACUCGCGCUCGCCAGCAUGCUUCUGGACAUUGCCUCCAGUCACCCCAAAAUGCACGCCGUAGUCCACUGCAACUCGGGGGUUGGUCGUUCCGGCGCAGUGAUCUACACCAUGAUCUGCUACGACCACCUACUGGCUUCCGGAAAACUGGACGUUAUAGCAGUACUAGAAGGUGUGCUGCAGGAACGAGCUUGUCUUGUCGACAGCCCCCAACGCUUCCAACUCUGUCUCCAGCUGCUGGACGAGCUCUUGUUUGGUUUCAAAACUGUAACAAGCGAAAACGAAUUACAUGGAAAAUUUCUGCAGCUCCUGCAAAAAUGCCCCGAAUGGUUUGCAGGAGUUAAUACUCUGCCGUCAUCGCUAACGUUUUCAGAAGCGGGUUCGAAACAGUGCACCGCGUUCAACCGUUCACCCGAAGUUUGGCCGGCAGACAGAUAUCGAAUCUCCAUUCAGAACGCUAUCGGACAACCUCAGUACAUCAACGCAAUACUACUCGAUGGACUCCAGAAAAAUCGAGCCUACAUCGUCACGGAACAUCCACUUCCAGGCCGUUUGGAGCAUUUCUGGAACCUGGUGCUCACUCAAAAAACCCCGGCUGUUGUGGUGCUCAACGCGCUGUACGAUGAGAACUUCCCCGAGCUGCUCCCUCCAGUCGGCGCUACACUGAGAGCGGCGACGGUGGAGGUGAAGACGGUAGCCAAGAUGGCCGCGGCUUCUCACCUCAUUUGCCAUCGCGUUUCAGUCGCAGUCGGCGCGACAUCAGCUGCAGUGUUAGUGUACGAGGUGAUGGACUGGCCUCGCGGGAUGGCCUGUCCUCUUGACGUCAGUUCCUUGGUCCGCCUUGCCGACACUUGCUGCAGCUCACCCAACAAGUCUGCAGGGCCCACUGUGCUCGUCUGCGGGGAUGGCGUGACUGCCUGUGGCCUGGCAGCGGGCGUCCUGAGCGUCGUCGACAGGCUGAAGGAGCGGCAGGACGUCGACGUCUACAGGACCGCCGUCAAGCUGCGCCGCUACCGCCAGCAGUUCAUCAUCAAUGAGGCGCAGCUGCAGUGCAUGCUUCAGGCAGCCAGGACUUACCUCAGCGACUUCCGCGUGUACCAAAACUGACAGCAAAAACCCACCAAGGUGGAGUGGGUUUGACGUCACUGGAGGGCAACUCGACUUUCAAGAACUGGGCUUUGCGACGGUCAUCGUCUUCGUUGCUGGACUAAUUAGUCGUUGCUUGUGACUAAAUUGUGCCAGAUAGAGACUUGAAAGCUGUAACUUUUGUUUCAAGUCUGUGCGACGCAUUUAUUUUAAAAAUUAUUUGAUGUUUGUCUGGCAUGAAUUGUAACCAAGUUUAUACACGUUUUGUUUACAUGCUGAGAUGCAUAUUAUGAUUCAAGACAAAUUUAAGACUCUAAACUAGUUUAUAAAUGCAUUUAUGCUCGAUAAGCGUCGCCGUAUGUAGGCAUAACGUCAAGCACUUUGUAUUCUAGACUGACGGGCCAUGAAGUAAGGAGUUACUGAACUGGACAUAUUUCAGUGCGUCUCUCGCAUUCGACUGAAUGCAUAAGGAGAUUUUAAAUUUUUAGUUUUCACUCUCGGUGCGUUAAUUAGCACUUUCGUUUCACGAAUUUUAUACGUCUUGUAUAUUUAAAAUCGAAGCCUAGUUUGUUUGACCACUUAUGUUUUUUUCCACUACUCGAAAUUUUAAAUAGAUGAGUUUGUCUGUUUUUUUUUGCUACGUAAUUCGCUUGCUAAUUUAGAUUUAACGUAUUUUUCGCACAUUUUAGAUUCAAUCGUCCCUGUAUUCUAGAAUUUUUGAAAUGACGAUGUGGUAGCUGGAUCCUGAAGCGAAAUCUAUAGAGGUAAUGUUAAUUUUUUAUGGCAUUUCCGUUGCUAUUAAACUUAUAAAAAAUUUGCUGCUCAAACAAUCAAGUGACAUUUAUACGUUUUCAACAUUCAUUCAACGAAUGAAUCUUAAUAUACUGUGAUCUGAGGAAGAAAAUUAUGCAGGGAAAUUAAUGAGGUCCAAUUAUGACGGGAUUUUCUUAACUUUCUAUCUCACUGAUAACGAUUGAUUAAAUCGAGUCUAGUUUAGUGACGAAGUUAAAUUUGCUAUCGUUUAUUGUAACGUUUUUCUGACCACUGCUGCUGAAUGCCAACACGGAGGCCUGCUGAGCUACCCCGGCUACCAGCCAUGAGUCGUUGAGCAAAAAAACUGUUGAGAAAAAAAUAAACUCGCUAUAAAAUGUUGAAAAAGUUCUAAUUCUAUGUUUCAAAGAUAUGAACUGACAAAAAGAUGAAUAUUACUAUUAUCAUAACCUUAAUUCCCCUGACUAAAAAUUUUAUGCCAGCUUCAAAUGCUUGAGCGUCACGAGACACAACACAUUGCAGGUUCAUUGCGUGAAUGGUAGCGCUAUCUGCAACACGUAAGACGUGAACUUAGUGCAAAGCACUAGGGAAGUUUAUGUUCCAAAAUAUUUAUGAGUUUGCAUGUAAUUAUGUAGCGUCUCCUUUAAUGUUCUACAAUAUUGAAUGACCAUAUUAAGAGACAUAUUUAAAUGGGACUGUAUGCGCAUAAUCACAGUUAAAAUAUCAUUUUCACGUAAGAACAAUUGUAUUUUAUUUAAUUCUAACGGCUCUCUCAUUUAUGUAAGUCGUUUUUUCCAGUCAGUUUCUUUGUUUUCCUUUUUGUUUCAUUUGUUGAAUGCAAUUUUGAUAAUUUCUUGCACCUAUCGAGCUCGACAGCCUACAUGACGAACUUAAAUCUGCGGAAAGAGAACCAGUAUUUAACUAUGUCUUUAACUUUAGUUUUAAGGCGUUCAGGACUAUUUCAAUAAUUCAAUAAAUCAUCAACAU